UUACACAGAACAGCUCUGGGGGCUCUGCUGAAGUCCAGAAUGAAGCAAAGAGCAGCAGAAGCAAGUGCUGCAGUGGGAGCAGAGCAGCAUCACCGAGAGCCGGGGCUGGCUUGGAGCAAACGGGGGCACCCAGGGAACCCUGCAGCCCCGUGUCCUCAGGGAACAGCCUCCGGCACGGCCACCGGCUCCUCCGCAGCCAGCCCCGGGCCAGGAGAGUGGAAGGGGCUGGUGGUCCCGGGGGUGCAGGGUUAAACUCGGCCCUGCUGCAGGCUGGGCUGGAGGGCAGCAGAGCCUUGCCAUGGUCCCGAGGGGCUAGGAGCCUGAGCAGAUCCACCGGGAAGAGGUGACGGAUGGCUGCUAAAGGAGGGAGAGCCAAGCCCAGCACCCAGUCCAGGAUGGAGAACUUCCGAAAGGUGAGGACAUCAGAGGAGGAGAGCCCAUUGCCCUUCCCCGACCUGCCGCCCGACGUGGUGGAGAUGAAAGUGAAGGAGGGCAGCAAGAUCAGGAACCUGAUGAACUUCGCCAUGGCCCAGAUGGAGCUGAAGGGCAGGAGGCAGAUCGUCUUCAGCGGCUGCGGCAGGGCUGUCACCAAGACCAUCACCUGCGUGGAGAUCAUGAAGCGGAAGCUGGGAGGGCUGCACCAGGUCACCAAGGUGCGCUACAAAACCCUGCUGGAAGUCUGGGAGAACCAGGACCCGCUGCCCGGCGGCAGGGCACAGAACCUGACUGUCCACAAGAAUGUCCCCUCCAUCUGCAUCCUGCUCUCCCGGGACCCCCUGGAUCCCAACCAGACCGGCUACCAGCCCCCGGAGCCCCGGCACGGGAUGGAGCCGCAGCUCGGCCAGGCGGGAGAAGACACAUCCAGCUCCUCCAGCAAGGGGCUGAAGCGGCCCCUGCCACCUCCCUGCGAGGAGCUGCUCACCAAGAAGCUGCAGGUACAGGUACCCGAUGGCCCGAGGGGCUCGGGAGCACAGACCACGCAGCAGACCAUCACCACUGAGCACCACCUCCCGCCCCAACCAGCCCCACGCCGGGUAGAGGGUGUGCUGGAGGAGUUUUAGCUGCUUUGUGGUGGACAAAGGCAGUGUGAAAGCCUUGCUUUGGGGUCAUCAGCGUGCUGCAGGCUCCCCACAAGGUGUAGCCGCUUGUCCCCACAUCUGGGGUGAGGGUUAAAGGGUUAAAUGCAUCUGCUUUUGGUUAUGGACUGAGGGUGUAUUGGUGACCCCAUAAGGAUAAUGCCACCCACAUCCAGCCGCGUUCCUGCAGUGACUCCCAUGGGUGCCGAUGCCUUUCAUCGCGGGGUGCCUGGGCAGGGGAAGGCGGCUGCACAUCCUCACUCCCCGUUGCUAUGUCUCAGCCAUCAGGAAGAUGCUUUGGCCCCAAGCUCACUGGAGUAACACCUUCAUCAUCGAAACUGCUGCAAUUACACCCGCUGAGGAGCUGUCAGGGUUAUUGAUGCCUGGCUCAGCACCCUGCGGUGCCGCGAUUCAUCCUGAAUGAAGCACUCAAACGAGGAGACGGGACAGGACAGGAAAACAAACCAGCCCUCCUCCUCCUGCCUCUUCUUCCCACAUCGAAUGUUCAGGUCUUUGCUCUCCCGGAGGUGUCCGCAGGGUCUGGAGCUGGGGUGAAGUGCCCAUAGGGAGCUGCAGGCAAUGGAAGUGUUCAGUGGGUGCUUGUUGUGGCUGGAUGCAGUGGCCAGGACUGGGAGGUGUUGGGGUUGUGGGAAAGCCUUUUGGAGCAAUGUUCCUGCCGCUUCCAGGGGUAA